AUGGAAACAAACAUCGAGCUGGGCUCGAAUGACGAUGCGGUUCCUGGCAUAGAGGGGAAUCUCUCAUCAACCGAAGAGCUCUCACCCAAUUCAGAAUCUCGACUACUCCAACUACCUCCAGAACUCUUACAGCAGAUACUAUCCGAACUCUCAGUCCUGGACCUCACACGAACAUCUCGCACCUGCCGCAGCUUAGCCGAACACGCUUCCAAUAACCUCCUAUGGGCCGAUCUGCUGAAUGCCCACCUACCUUUCAAAAUCCACGACCCCGGACCAUUUGCCUCGUUCCGCAGUCUCUACGCAGCAUAUUAUCCUUGCUGGUUUAUCCCUCGGAAUAAGGUCUGGUUCGCGGACACGGAGCACACGGGAAACUUGAUAUUGGCGCGGUAUGAUAACCGACGGGGCGUCGUUGAGGCUUAUCGAGUGGUAGCGGAACGAAGGAACCACGCUUUUCAGAUUUGGGAGUGGAACCCGGAUGUCAUUAUUCAGUCGUUCAAUCCCAAAGUCAGUCUUUGGUUGGAUGAUCCGGUGUUGUUUUUGAAGAAUACACCGUCUGCUGAAGGGCCACCGCGCACGCCGCAGUAUCUGAAUGGGGAGACCCGUAUGCCUAUGGCACUAGAGUAUCACUACGUCUUCAACUCGUUUUCUCUAUGUUCGAACAAACCUCCGAACCUGGAAAUGGCCGUAGAUCAGAAGUGGCCACCGCCAAACAUCCCUAGUGACCAGCGGGUUUAUCGAGAUAUGGAUGAAGGUUUGUCGGAACGGGACGAACCGCCACGGCAUAUCGAGGGUAUCUCUGAAAUCGCAUUUCGCAUUCGACGAUGGGCGCACUUCCGUCUAGGGAUGCCGUUUUUCACCGCCGGGAAUGGUGAAAGCCUUACGACCUUUGCGACGCUGGAUCCUUGUCUAUACACACCAACGAAAGAAAAACCGUACCAGGGUAUAUGGGUUGGAGACUACUCGGCCCAUGGGUGCGAGUUCUUACUUUUCCUCCAGCGUGACACUACAGACGCCUCUACGGCAUCAGCGGAAACGGAAAACACCGAGUGGAUCCCGCAUGGCCGUUUGGAAGCAAUCAAACUUACAGGGGACCCGAAUGUUCCUCGGGGUGAGAUAUCUUUCGCAGUUGAAGAUAUCGGACAAGGCGGGUUCGUUCGGAUUGCGAACGACUCGCUCUUCCGGAACGCACGAGUCGUCCGGAGCGAGGGCCAUGUUGCUGGGUUAGGUUUUCGAGAUGAUACUUGGCUACCUUCUCAGCUUAUUCUCGAAUCUACCGAUUGCGUGGCCCAUUACUGGGAAUCAAUGGGCCAUAUUUCGUAUUUUCGACGUGUGGAUAUCGACGCCCUACUUCAGACAUGA